CGUGUAAACGCCACUGUAUUAGAGCCGUAUCCGAUGACAGAAUCGCGCUGCGAGCCCCCUAGCGCCCAGUGUGCGCAGUCAGUCGACGGUGUUGUUUGUGUGGUGGUAGUAAAGAGAGAGGACACAGAAGUUCUGUACCUGUAUUUUCGUUCGCUUCGCACGGCAAGCGCAGUCUCGCAGUGCCACAAUCGAAUGCGUAAGGGUGCCCAGCACCAGUACCAGUACCGUGCAACCCGUGGUGGUGGUGAAGGCCUAUCGGAAAAGCGAAAGAAAACGGUAGAACGGGCAGGAGAAGCGUAUCAAGAAAAAAAAAGAAAGCAAAAAAAUAUAAAAGCACAAGAUACCAAACUGACACAGCGUUUGGAUACCAAACGGCACAGGGGUAAAGCGGAAGAGAGCGACCCCGAGAUUAAAAAAACCCCUGGCAGAAGCUCUUCAAUCCAAAAACUCACCAAACUGUCUCAAUUGAUCGCAAUUGCCGUGGAGUGUGGGUUUUUUUGCAGCAGCAACAGCAUCAACAACAAAAAUCCAAUAAUGGCUUCCUUCUCGCUGCCGCUCCAAUAUUCGCAAAGGAAACGAGAAUAGUUACGCAAAUGUUGCUCAGAUCAUCAUCGUAGGCAGCCAAACCGAGUCCCCGGACGCGUGUGUUUCCCGUGUACCGAUUACCCCGACUCGCUCGAACGAGCCUGCGCGGUGCUGGUUGCCAGCGAAAUCUGCCUGCGGAAAUAUCCAACAACCACCCUUCCGCUCACUGCCGCUUCGGACGCGCUCGCACACAAACACGCAGGGCUCUCGCUGAAGCGCCGGUGCCGACAGCAAAACGGUCAGUGGUGGCGGCUGCGGCAGGGCAAACCGACGACGACGGUGGUGCACGCAGCGCGUCGGGCAGGCGGCGGACGGCAGCGGCGAGCAGGCGGCGGACGGCAGCGCAACCGCACCGGCGGCGCACGGCAGUGACGGGCGUUGACGGGCAGCGUCGUGCCGCUAGGAUUGCCGGACCGUCCAGCAGCAGGAAGCAGCAGCGGCACCACGCUGGAGCAGAUACGAAGGCGAAACCGUCGUCGUCGUCGUCAUCGUCCUCGCCAUCCCGAGCAGCGGCAGCAGCAGCAGGCCCCGCACCAGCAACAGCAGCAGGAGCAGCAGCACAGUCGGCUGCGGGUGGCUGCGUAACAGCGGCAUCAUCCUGUUGCGCCGCCAUCAACCCGCCACCACUACCACCACCACCGCCACCCACACGACCCGCUGGAGGUGGAGGAGGGGGAGGAGGAGGAGGGGGCGGAGGGGGUGCGACCGAAGCGUCGUCCUGUGACGACGGUACAGGCAUCACCAGCAGCAGCAGCGGCAGCGCCAAAAUGGUGGUAGCGUCGUCCGGGCACGCAUCGGGCAGUGCCGCCGGCGGACAGCAGGCCCAGGCCCGGAGCAGCAGCAGCAGCCAGCACCUGCACAAGCUGGCCCAGGUCGCCAGCCCGGGCACGGGCAUGACGCCGAAGGAGCUGUCCGACAACGACGAUCUCGCCACCGGGCUGGUGCUCGACACCAUACUCGGCUUCCAGACGCACAAGAUGAGCCUCAAGUACCGGCCGCUCAAGGCGAACAAGGACGAGAUCAAGAACAUCAUCGAGGAGUUUAUACGGACGCAAAACUAUGGCAAGUGCUACCAGCAGCUGAUGAACGGCAACUGGAUGCCGCGUUCCGUGCUGAACAAGAACAAGCUGGCCCUGAAGCGGCUGGAAGCACACAUCUAUCGCUACCUAAGGGUGUUUGAUCAGCAUUCCGGCUUCGUGAUCGAGGCGUGCUACCGCUACUCGCUCGAGGGCCAGAAAGGUGCCAAAAUCUGCUCCACCCGCCGCUGGAUGAAGAACGAAAAGAUCGAGUGCCUGGUCGGGUGCAUCGCCGAGCUGACGGAGCGCGAGGAGGCCGACCUGCUCUACCCGGGCCGGAACGACUUUUCCGUCAUGUACAGCUGCCGGAAGAACUGCGCCCAGCUGUGGCUGGGCCCGGCCGCCUACAUCAACCACGACUGCCGCGCGAACUGCAAGUUCGUGGCGACCGGGCGCGACACCGCCUGCGUGAAGGUGCUGCGCGACAUCGAGGUGGGCGAGGAGAUCACCUGCUUCUACGGCGAGGACUUUUUCGGCGACAACAACUGCUACUGCGAGUGCGAAACGUGCGAGCGGCGCGGGACGGGUGCGUUCGCGGCGCGCGCCCGCCUGCUGGAGGAGGGCGGCAGUUCCGCCCUGUACAACGGGGCGGGAGUGGGCGGCAGCGCGGGCGACGCCGGGUGCGGCGUGGUUGGGACCGGUGCAGGUGGCGACGUGAACGGGACGGGCGCCCGUCCCCGCUACGAUCCUUGUCUGGUGGGGGGCGGCGUGAACGGGCCGAGCGGCGGUGUGGUGGUGGGCGUCGUCGGCACCGCCAACGGUGGCGUGCGGUACCGGCUGCGCGAGACGGACAACCGGCUGAACCGGAUGAAAAACAAGCGCAACAAUGGGGCGGGCGGGGGCGAGGCGGGCCCGAAGGCGGUGACCGCGAUUGGGAAGGAGCCGCCCUCCGCCCUCAGCCUGCUGACGGUGCGCGAGCUGCGCGACAAGGGCAUGACCAAGUACGAUGCGGAGAUGCUGCUCGCGCAGCAAAAACCGUACUGCACGAACGCGACCACGCUGGCACCGGCUCUAGCACCGGUCGCUGGUGGUGGUGGUCGUGUGCCGGCGGGGACCGCAGCACCCGCCCAGCACAGUGCCGACACAGCGGGGGAGGAAGAGGCGCCUGGCAGCAAGAAGGCGACGGAGAAGAGCGAAGCACAGAUGAAGCGAGCGACCCGCUCGUCGACCUGCGGCAGCACGAAGCCACUGAUCGUGCCCGCCGCCUCCGGCGCCACCGCCGCCAGCAAGCCCGAGGAAGGCGCGAAAGCGCAGGAAAAGAAGCGAGACGGCAGCGCGCACGAGGGGACGAAUGGGAAGGUGGCUCCGCCGGGCAAGAGCAAUCCCCGCCGACGGUACAGCAGCUACAGCAGCGCCAGCACGGAGCUGUCGAGCGUGUCGACCGAGCGCAAGCCGCAAUCGACGGACCGUCGACAGCAGCCACACGAAACCAAACGCAAGCGGAAAAAGGAACCGGCGGAGCACGGGCAGCGGCAGCGGGCUGCCUCCGUAGCGCCGGGGAAGGGCCGGGCCCGCUCGAAGGAUCCGGCCGACGAGAUCAUCGUCAUCGACGACGAGUGCAGCAACGGCAGCAGCAGCGUGCAGUCGGGCACGGACGCGCCCCUGCCCUUCGGGCGCAAGCGGCGCGCCAGCAUGUACACGAGCAGCAGCCGCAGCAUCUACACGUUCCACGACGACGCGCUGGACGGUGCGCCGCCCCCCGCGCACAACGGGUACUACGCGCUGCGCAACAACCCCGCCCAGCAGGACGGUCAGGCGCCGCCCCGGUCGGGCGGGCAGGCGACGAGCCGCAAACGGCCCCGCGAGCAGACGCCGGACGAGCAGCAUCCGGGUGUCGCCUCGGCCAAGCGGCCCGGCGGGGGCAGUAGCGCAGCGGACAGCGCGCCACCCCGCAUCAUGACCCGCUGCAUGUCGUUGCGCUCGGGCCAUGGUCCCCCAACGGCGACGGGGAAUGCCGAAUCGUCGUCAACCGCCGCCGCCGCUGGCAGCAGCGAGAUGGAGGAAAUAAGUCCACGGGUAACGCGCGGUAUGCUGCGCCUGCUGGAGGACCACGAGGCGCCGAAGCCACCGUCCCGGGGCACCUCCGCCGAACCGCCGCCCGGGACGCUGAACGGCGGCACGUAUGCCGGGAGGCCUGGUGGAAGGCUAUCGACCGUCACUACGACCACGGCGCAGCCGGGCGACGAACCGCACGCCGAGCGGACGCAGGAGUGGAACAGGGGCAGCCGGCGCAAGCAGAAGCUGCAGGCGGCGCGCUACGGGCGGAAAAAGGAGCCCCCCCGGGAGGGUGCGGCCGGCGACGAGGAUGAUGACGACGACGAGGAGGGGGAGGAGGAGGAGCACCGUGUAGAGGAGAAGGGUGCGCUGCUGAAACGGCUGCAGCAGGAGGAGGUGGGGCCGCCGGUCGCCCGUUCCACCACCACCACCACCACCACGGCCACUGCCAGCAGUCGUACCCGCAAGCAGCUCUCACCGACAAAGCGGACGCGCGGUGCCCGGGAGGUCACGCUCAACGGGAGGCAGGUGGGCGGGCCGGGCAGCGAAAGGAGAAGGUACGAUUUCGGCGAGCAAGACCAGCACGGCGAUGACGGGGAGGAGGACGAGCAGGACGACGAGGCGGACGACGACGAGGAGGACGAGGAGGGCGACGUAAUAUGGCAACAUCCGGCAAAAAAUGGCAACAGAAGCGGCAGCAGCAACAGCAACCUGCCCACCAGCAGCAGCUCGGCCAGCACCUUUCUGCUGCGGGACGGCCAGCACGGCCCCGACGGCGGCAGCCCCGGCGUAAUCGUCCUGUCUAGCUCGUCCGCGUCCUCCUCCUCCAGCUCGUCCGCGUCGUCCGUGUCUUCCGUGUCGUCGGUGUCGUCCGCUCGCCACAAGGCGACGAACGCCGCCGCCGAUCAGCAUCGGUUGAAGCUGAAGCUGCGCAUGAAACCCGUCUCGACCACCACCGGCGGAGAGGAGGAGGACGAGGAGGCGGAGGACGAGGAGGAGCACCGGGACCGGUUGCGGCAGCAGUGGCGCACGGGCGGCGUUUCGUUGGCGCAGUCAAAAUUUUCGUCCCACAGUCGCCCGGAUGCAGCAGGGCCGCGCAAGGGUAGCCGACGGGACGACGGGCAGUCCACCUCGGUCGGCAGCACGACGCACGGUCGGGGGGACGAAGCGGAGCACGGCAGAACGCCCGUGACGACCGUCUCGGACGAGGACGACGAGGACGACAUCAUACUGGCGAAGAUACUGCAGUGUGGCAAGCAGCAGCAGCAGCAACAGCAACAACAGCAGCAGCAGCAGCAGCAACAGCAGCAACAGCGGAGCGGCACGUUUCGGCACCGGGAGCAGGCGGCGACACAGCAGCACGCGUCCAGCAGCAUCAGCAGCAUGGCGAUCAGUUCCUCCACCUCGUCGGCAAAGGACGGCGAGGCGACGAGCAGCAGCAGCAGCGCCAAGCUGUCGCCGUCGUCCACCGCGUCCUCCUCCACGCUGCCGGCGGGCGAACCGCUGAUGCGGACGCCGGAGCGCCGGCUGAAGCUGACGCUGCGCAUGAAGCGCAGCCCGGUGAUAGACGAAAUCAUCGAGUCGGGCAACAGCCUGAGCGACGCGGACAACGGGGGCAGCCCGGGUGCGUUCCGGCGCGAGUACGAGAUACUGCGCAUGGAGGGUUUGCGCGAGCACGACGACGAGGAGGAAGCGGAGGGAGCGCCGGACCGCCCGUACGGGAGGUGCCGUGGCGGCGGUUUGCCGGCCCGCCGCUCGCUCACGUACGACUCGUCGGCCAGCAGCAGCACGCACGGCGGCCGAGCGAAGGGCCGGCGGCGGGACGACUCGCCGGCCGGCACCGAACCCCCGCCCCCGUUCCUUGCCCUCCCGAAGGACGACAAUGGCGGGCAGGGGGAGCAGGAGGAAGAGGAGGAGGGGGAGGAGGAGGACGAGGACCUGACGUCGUACAGCAGCAGCUGCAGCAGCUUGGUGUCGCAGAAGCGGAAAAAGCGCCACAAGGCGUCCAAGGAAGCGCGCCGGCUGCGCAAGGAGGCGAAGCGGCAGCGCCGCCAGCAGCAGCUGCUGUACGAAACGGUGUGCGCGGCGGAGCAGCGGCAUGGCGGGAACGAACAGCUUAAAUCAAAGUAUUACGCCACCUACGCGGCGCCAGCCGCACCGGCAGCGCUGCAAGACGAAAAGGUCGGUGGACAGGGGGAGAGCAGUGUGGUAGCUUCAGCAGCAGCAGCAGCACCACCACCCCCUGCCAGCUCUUCCACGGUGACGCACGAGCUACCGUCACACCAGCGCGCACAUCCUCCAUCGCCUCCACCACCACCACCACCACCACCACCUCCUUCUGCGCUCCCAGCGCAACAAAACAGCUACUCGCAUCCGCAUCACCACCAUCACCACCAGCACCACCAUCCCCAUCAUCAUCAAACUCAUCAGUCUGUGAUACUGCAGCCGACCGCACUGAGCGGGAUGCGCACGGAAGCGACCGGUGGCGGCGGCGGCGGCGGCGGCGGCCGGGACGACUGGUACGAGAUGGGUCGCCCGAACAUCCGGUGGCCGCACCUGAUGAAUCCCUCGGCGACCGGUGGCGGUGCAAUGUACGGCGACACGGUGAGCAGUGCCGCCGCCACGGCCCCGCCCAGCGAAGGCAUCGGGAACGGCGGUAUCGGGCUGCCGAUGAAGCGACUCCGGCUGAUCUUCGGCAACGAGACGCACACGCGCGACAUUCCUGCGGUCGAGGCGGCGCCGAGCGGCAACACGGACGCCAGCACCGCCACCACCAACACCCCCAGCCCGACGGCUACCGACGAUGGGACGGUGGUGGUGCUGUCCGAGGCACUUGCCGCCGCUGCCAGCUCCUCGUCGGCGCUGGCUGCCUCGCCGGUUCGCUCCCCCGGGCGGAGCGUCCUGCGGAACGGGGGCGAGCACACAUCGACCACCACUGGCAAGCUCCACCCGUGCCCCGUGUCGUCCAACGUGAUCAUGAGCAACACGCCGGGCGUGAUCGUGAGCCCAACGCGACCGCCGCCGCCGCCGCCGCCGUCGCCGCACCAGUCGUCCCCGACGGUGCUGCGAAGCAAUGGGAGCGAUGGCGUCAUCAACAGCACGACCGGUUGCGAUGUCGGUGGCGCUGGCGGGCACAUCGGGCUGCUGCAGCGUCCCCAGCAGCACGCGCACCAUCCACCGUCGACCGGUGCGAGUGGAGGGGGCGGUGGCGGUGGUAGCAAUGGGUUGCUGCUGCACGCGCAAUACCACCUUCAGCCACCACCGUCCUCAACCAUUCCCACCGAGGUACCGUGCGGCGGUGGGGCCGUCUACCCGCCCGUCUCGGGCGGAGACCUUCAGCUCGGCAGCAGUGCCGGCGGGCUACAAACUACCAGAUUCCUUCUUCUCUCGUUCCCGCCGACGCUCGAUGUGCAGCCGUGCUCGGGCAAUGGCACCAGCUGGUAGGUGGUUGGGGGUUGGGGGGAAACCCAUCGGUCACUCGGAACACACACCCCUACACACAGUUCCCGGCGGCGCGACGGCUCUCGGGGACGGCGCACUGUCUGCUUAUCUAGGCAGAUGAAGGAUGAUGCUGUUCACCAUCGCGUGAUUAGUAUCGUUAGCAUAACACAAUCAUUAUCGCGCGUCCGGCGGGCAUUGCGCUACGCAGCACAGGCGUAGAGGUACCGAUCGAAAAGCUCCGAAGCUCCACUGUAGACGCUGUCCACGACUUCGGCCACGACCAGAUCGAGAAUCGCCUUCCGGCGGGAAGAAAAGGGAGACCGUUUACGUUUGCACCCCUUUUGCCUCUUUCCUUCGAAUGCCAGUUUCAGUUAGGUGCAUGUGCGUCGUCAAGUUAGACGGGAUUUAGUUGGAAAAGAACGAAACAGUUCGACACAUUGUUCAGCUACGCGCGCAAUCUAUUUCAUCAGUAUGUUUUUUUUAUUAUUGUUUUAGCAGCGAGUUACACGCGUCUCUCCGAUGGCGCGAUGUCGGUCGGUCGGCAGAGUAGGGAAAAGGGGGUAGGCAAAGAAAUUAAAAACUACCCUCCUCACUUCAUAGCAAGGAGGAAGAGGCAGAUAAGGGCGAAAGUGUGUAGUGAGCGACUGUUCCGGCGCACGCGAGGAAAAAGCAUUACUGCAGACUAUAUCUAGGUUACUAUUGGUCUAGUCGACGAUCUCAAAAGAAGAAAAAAAAAGAAAGAAAAACAAAACGAAACGUAAGAAACAAACACACACGCACGCACGCACACACACGGUUAGGUGUGUUGGUUUGCGUAUUAAAGAGCCUGAGGGAUAGAUAGGUGCACACUUACACCUCAUUUUCGGUGUCUCAAAUCACAACAGAAAAGAUAAACAAAACAAGAAGAAAACAACGACAACACCUCCCCCUUAGUCCAAGCUAGAGAGCUCGAGCUGCAUCGAUGCGUCGCGCAACUGGAUCGCACCAAACUGAUGGGGAAGGAAAGAUGCAUUAGUUGCUAAGGUUGAGGGCAUACAAUCGCCUUUUUGUUGAGCUGGGUACAUCCUAUUUUGUGAUGUUUCUCGUCAGGAUUUACACAGAGCUAUUUUCUUUGUAGAGCAGAUUUUUUUGUUAUUUAAUUUGUUCUUUUAGCAUAUGAUUUGGUAGUGCACGGAAUCUGCAUGAUCUUUCUUUAACCAGUUUAACUAAAGAAGGUUAAACGCUUGUAAAAUAUGUUUUCUUUUCUUGGAAAAAUCUUGGCUUCUCUGGCUGUAUCAACACAAGCAACACGCGUGCGGUUAGAGUUUAAUGAUUAGAAAAUGUGUAGCAGGAAAAAGGUGCACCAAAUUUAGUAAAAUAGCUUGCGCAGAAUUGUAUUCGAAGAACAGCGUGGUUGAGCAGAAAAGCAACAGUAAGGAUUCGAUUUGUUUAUUUUUGAGUAAAACUACCUCAAACAAUCCUUUCUUUGAUGCAAGAAUUCCAGUGGCGUGUCGCAGCUCAAGAAGCGUUAGCCAACAGUUUAGAUGAAUUAUUUGCCUGCCAAUGUUUUGUUUUUUUCUUCUUUCAUAUGUUAUGUUGUGCAACAUUUAGAAUGUUUUUCUAUAGUUAAAGCCGAUCGUUAGCGACACGCAGGGCUAAAUCGGAACAUUAAAACUUCCCUUUCCGGAGAUCCGAAAAAAAUACAGAAAGCGGUUCAGAAGCGAUGCAUCGGCUGUAUGAGCGUGCGUGUGUCUGUGUGUGUGAGUGUAUGUGUGUGUGUGCGCGUGGGUGGCACGCACCGUAUACACAGGUUCAAUAGUGUCAGUAAGCAGCACGAUACUUACACUACUGUGCAUUUAGAUGUUGAACACACGUAAUGAGCUGAACUGCGGUUGGUCAGCUGCGCUACUAAUCAUUCUGAAGUGAAUAUGAAAACAAGAAGAAAAAGAGAAAUGAAAACAAACAAACAAAGAUGUGUACACGCUAUACCAAACGGUCAACGCGUAUAGCCUCUCGUUCAGCUCCGCUACAUUAGCCAGAGCGCCGAUUGUUCUUAUGAUUUAUUUUUUAACGUAAGCUUAAACUCCAUAUUUCCAUAUACGCCCGAGAAAAUGAUGUCGCGAGAAAGCCGAAGAGAGAUAGAAAUAGAGAGAGAGAGAGAGAGAGAAAGAGAGAGAGAGAGAUAGAUAGAGAGAGAGAUAGAUAGAGAGA